CGCGAGCAUGGCGCACGUCGACAUUUGCAAGAAGAAAUUCGAGUGGAGUGCAUCGUUUGUGUGAAACGAAAAAGUAGUGAAAUUCCGAGGCUAGUUUUGUGAUUUUACGAUAUCUAGGAAGGACAAUAAUAGUUAACUUGAGUGCACAACAGCUGUAAGACGCGAAGUGAAAGUCUGCGAACCAAGGUUUCCCGGAUAAUUUCUGGCGAAGGAAAUUGGAAUUGCAACAGUUGCGUAAAAGUUUUGCAAAAGCCGCUGAAAAGCAAGCAACACAAUGGGAAAGGACUUCUACAAAAUUCUUGGCAUAAACAAAAGUGCCACCGACGAUGAGAUCAAGAGGGCAUACAGGAAGCUGGCUCUCAAGUACCAUCCUGACAAAAACAAGAGCCCUGCGGCAGAGGAGCGCUUCAAGGAGAUCGCGGAGGCCUAUGAAGUGCUGUCAGACAAGAAGAAGCGAGACAUAUACGAUAAGUUCGGCGAGGAGGGAUUGAAAGGCGGGGCUCCCGGCACCGGCGGCGAAGGAGGUGGAAGCAACUUUACUUACCAGUUCCACGGAGAUCCACGUGCCACCUUCGCCCAAUUCUUCGGUUCGGCUGAUCCCUUUGGCAUAUUCUUUGGAGGAGAUCCGCAGAGGAUGUUCGAAGGAGGCACCAUGUUUAUGGACGACGACAAUGACGUCUACGCACAAAUGGGAAUGGGAGGACAACGGGGUGCUGGCCCAGGAGGAGCAUUCCGGUCACAAUCGUUUAAUGUUCAUUCGUCGCCAACUCGCAAACGACAGCAACAAGAUCCCCCAAUUGAACAUGACCUCUAUGUUGGUCUGGAUGAGGUGGACCGUGGCUGUGUGAAGAAAAUGAAGAUCUCGCGGAUGGCCAUGCAGCCCGAUGGAACACAACGAAAGGAAGAGAAAGUCCUGAACAUCAGCGUCAAGCCGGGCUGGAAGGCAGGCACCAAGAUCACUUUCCAACGAGAAGGUGACCAAAUGCCCGGCAAAAUCCCAGCCGACAUAAUUUUCAUCAUUCGCGACAAGCCACAUCCGACCUUCAAGAGAGAAGGAAGCGAUAUCCGUUAUUCGGCCAAAAUCUCAUUGAAACAAGCCCUCUGCGGUACGGUUGUGCAAGUGCCGACAUUAUCCGGCGAUUCAGUAACGCUUAACAUGUCGAACGAAGUUAUCAAGCCAACGACAGUGAAACGGAUAUCGGGCAAGGGUCUGCCUUUCCCCAAGGAACCAUCGAGGCGAGGCGACUUGGUAGUCGGAUUCGAUAUCAAAUUCCCAGAUAAGGUGAACAACGAGACGAAGGACAUCCUUAGGGAUCUGUUACCAAAUUAAAUACGUCCUGACUGAAAAUACGUAUUAUUACGCGUAAUGCAACUACCAAUUUAUGCUGCACAUAUUAGUUGAUUUUGUAUAUUGUCUGGUCGAAGCGAACACGAAGAAAGGCUGGCAGGACGAAUUCAGCAGUUAGUAGGCUGAAUGGGUCCUAGGAGUGAAAACGGACGUGAGAAGUAAAAACGAAUCUACUGGGAAAAGCUGCUUCCAAUACAUUGUCGUUGUAAAUAGGACCUUCAGGAAAGGAUUGCAGAUAAAAGAAAAUCUAGAAAAAGCGGGAGAUUGGUAGCGGAGAAUAUACAGCAUUUCUAGCUUAAGUUCACGUAACAGCUUUUCUCUUGUCCUGUUGAUAGUUUUGUUUUUCGAAUUUCCAUCAGUUUCUUGGAUGACUGCGAAGUGUGUAGAGGAUAUUCAACGUGUAUAAUUAACUGAAUAAUUUAGAGUUUAUAUGUGUGCAUGUGACUGUGAUAAUAGUCAAGGAAAUAUUGUAUUUUUUUCUACUCUAAGCGAGAAAAGCAAAGGAUAAAAACUGAGUGAAUGUGUCAACUUGUUGGAAAUUAUUUAACAGAAGUCUUAUAAAUAAAAAAAGUACGUUUUA